AUGAUUCCUGUCCAUGAGGAAGAAAGACUAAAAGCGAGCAACAAGAGAUUGUGGUCUGUCAGCUGGAACUACAAAGGGUCAUUAUUAGCUUCAUGUGGAGAAGACAGAAUAAUUAGACUGUGGGUUAAAAGUCAAGACAAUUUGUGGGGACCAUCUUUCUCGCUUCCUGAAGCCCACAAAAGGUCUAUCAGAUGUAUAACGUGGUCACCUUGUGGUUCCUAUGUAGCUUCUGCAAGUUUUGAUGGUUCGGUUGCAAUUUGGAAGAUACCUAAGGAUGUUUCAGAAUUGGAAAUGGAGGCAUUGGUGACUUUAGAAGGACAUACGAGCGAGGUUAAAUGCGUUGCUUGGUCCCCUUCUGGUCAUCUUAUAGCCACCUGUGGUCGAGAUAAAAGUGUAUGGCUGUGGGAAUUUGAUGAUGAAGAAGAUGUGCAGUGUGUUAGUGUACUACAACCCCAUUCUCAAGAUAUAAAAUCAGUAGCGUGGCAUCCGCAUGGUGAGGUUUUAGUCUCUACAAGUUACGAUAACAAAAUAAAUGUUUACAGAGAAGAAAUUGAUGAUUGGACUGUUUUUGUACAGUUGACUGGACACAGUUCAACUGUAUGGAAAGCAGAGUUUUCACCAUCAGGAGAUAUUCUGGCGAGUUGUAGUGAUGAUCGAUGUGUCAAACUUUGGUCAUGGGAUGGUGUUUGUAGCAAAUCAUCCUUAUGGAUAUGUAUUGCUACAUUGACCGGAUACCAUACACGUACAAUUUUCGACUUAAACUGGUCACCUGAUGGACAACUUUUAGCUAGUUGCGGUGCUGAUAAUAGAUUAUGUAUAUAUAAAAUGCCCCUGAAUGGUUUGACUCAUAAUGCUGGUAAACCAUGCUUAUCGGAACCACCUCUUCUUUGGGGUCAUGUUCCGAAUGCACAUUCAGAAGAUGUAAACUGUGUACGCUGGCAACCUCAUUAUCAUACUGGUGAUAAUCACCGUAAGGAAGAAGAUGCAUUAGACUCUCAUCUAAUGCUUACAACAGCUUCUGAUGAUGGAUGUAUUAAGUUUUGGUCUAUUAAACACGAGAUGUAA